UCCUGAAUGGACUGGCUCUUCUGGACUAGACUCUCACAGAUCACAUAUUGUGACAUAUGAUGCCACUGGUCCUACUGAUAGAACUGAUGUUGGACUCUCAACUCAUUUUGAUAACGCUGAAGUAACUCUCAAUGUGUCACUGGGUAAAGAGUACACUGAUGGGGAAUUAUACUUUGGAGAAAUGAAAGGAGUUGUUGUUUCUAAUCCUCGUCUCUAUCCUUAUUAUCACAAGAUUGGUAGAGGAGUCAUUCACAGAGGACAGCAUAUGCAUGGUGCUAUGGACAUCACUGAUGGCACAAGGUACAACAUUAUUGUUUGGAUGAGAUCGUCUUCUGUGCGUAACAAACUUUGUCCACGUUGUGAUCAGUCACCAACUCUUAUACCAUUUGAAGGGUAUGGUGAUGGGUUUACAAAACAAUUGAUGUAACUAUUUUAAAUAAUUUUUUGUUAUCAUAUUUAUUUUAUUUUAUUUUAUUUUAUUUUAUUCAUCAUGUGUCAAAUAUUUUAAUCAUUAUUAGUAUGGUUCUGUGCCUUAGUUAAAACUGUA